AUGAAAGAUAUGCUUCUGAAGUUCCACAGGGAUAUCUCUCUGGAUCCUGAAACUGCCAAUCCUCAUCUCAUACUGUCUGAUGACUUGAAGAGUAUUAAAUAUGAUCCUAUCCCACAGGAUGUGCCUGACAACCCCAAAAGAUUUGAUGUUGUUGUCCGUGUCUUGGCUGCCCAGAGCUUCACCUCAGGGAAACACUACUGGGAAGUAGAGCUGGGAAAUAAAACAGAGUGGGAGGUGGGGAUCUGUAAAGAAUCAAUCAGAAGGAAGGGCAAUGUCCGCAACUUACCUGGGGACAAGCAAACCCUUGUAGGCUUGACAUUUGGAAAUACCUUUCACCUGUGGUGUUCAAAUCAUGAUGUUCCUGUGAGCCAACCUAUUCAUAAGGUGGGCAUUUUCCUUGAUUAUGAAAGAGGCCAUAUAGCAUUUUACAAUGCUGCAGAUGGAACUUUCAUCUACAGUCCCCAAAAUGAUGAUUUUCAAGGGUCUCUUUGCCCUUGUUUCUCUCCUUGCUUUCAAAAGCUGAAAAACACCACUGGAUCUCUAAGUAUCUGCCCCAGGAAGAACUAG